GGUCUUGGUCACAAAUCCUGAUGGGGACAGCACCUUUUUCCAGUGGGUUUUAUUCAGAAACAUCUAUCAACAUUAUUUACAGUAUAUGAAUUGAAAAACUUAUGUUUUUGUUUUUGUUUGAAAUUUUUAAGUCAAUGCAUGCAAAUCAAAGAACACGUCUUAUACAAGGAACAGAGAGUUUGAACAGAGCAUCUGGCAGCUUAGACAGAACUCAUCGGAUUGCUGCUGAAACUGACGAAAUUGGUGUUGGAAUAAUUGAAGAACUAGGUGGCCAGAAGGACCAACUUUUAAGUACUAGAGAUAAGCUUGAUAAUAUGGAUGCAAAUCUUGGGAGAUCUCGUAGAAUUUUAAAUUCGAUGGCACGAAGGGUGAUGACUAACAAAAUGAUCUUAAUGUCAAUAAUUCUGGCUGAGCUU